UUUACCGCGUUCAUUUCACUCGCGGAAGACGGAAAAGAACGAAACUUUGCCUCGUUUUGUUUGGAGGCGACAGGAAAACCUCGAGCCCUCCUCCAGCCAAACAAACGAAAACAAGUCCAGAUGUUUCAUGUCUGAGGGUCGCUGUCAUACGAGAACAGACCAGAGGACUCAUCCCGCUCUUCAUCCGAGAUCUCGCUUCAUAUUUGAGGCAGCACUAAAUUGGUCUGGCUGGUGAGAAUGGAGCUGAAGGCUUUAGUUGGAGGUCUUUUCCUGAGUUUGCUUGUUCUCUGGAAUGUUUGUUACUGUGUUCAAUCUCAUCAGGACGCGACCGAGACCGUAAUCAACCUCUUGGAGGCUCUUAACGUCACUCGCUCUACCCACGGGGUGUCUAAGGUCAAAGGUCGUGACCCAAAGACGCCGGCUUGGCGUUUCCGUUCCAACACGCCUCAUCUCAAACUACCCCAGACACUUUUGGACUACCUCUUCAACACCUCACAGGGCGUCCUGGGUUUGCACCUGGUGGGCCGUCAGAGCAGAGGCUCGGAGGCCACCCUCAUCUCCUUCACCUCCUCUACCUUCCUGCAGAAUGGCGAUCGCCCCCUGCUGGAGCUCGUCUCCAACACAAAAGCAGACAGGCUGCAGCUGGAGUUCAGGUCAGCGGACGGCAUGCGGCCGGAGGUGCUAAAGUUGCCCGCCGGGAGUCCCUUUACGAGCAGAGGUUGGGUGAGGAUGGCUCUGAGUGUGGAGCCCAGGCAGAUGGUGCUGUAUGUGGACUGCCAGGAUGCCGUGGUGCUCAAACUGAAAGAAGGGGGACGAAUCCUGACUCUGGACUUCCCACAUGAUCUGCAGGUUAUCUUCUCCAGCACUGCAGGAAAAAAGGCCAGCAAGUUCAGUGGUGGUUGGCAGACAGCUGAACUCUCCACCAGGGCAUAUGAGAGGCGUCCGUGGUUCUGUGACAAUGUAACAGACUCCCUUCCAGACACAGUCAUUCCCAUCAGUCCCACCGCAAACUAUAACCUGGAUAUGAUGCAAGAUCAGGGAGACCGUGGAGAUGGCAUAGUAUCAGCUACAAGAUCCCCCACUGAAUCAAACAUGCGUCUUGGCCAACUGGAGAACAACCUGCAUAACAUCAAGACCAUGCUGGACAUGCUGAAGAGACAGAACACGGACCUGCAGGCGAGAGUUGACUACCUGGAAACGUGUGAGUGUUCGAAACGGAAUUGCGUGUGGGAGGGACGUGAGAUGGAUGAGGGGUCCCGCUGGUCUCCUGACAGCCGCACUGUCUGUUACUGCACCCAUGGGAAAGUUCAGUGCAACCGCUUGAAUGAAUGCAGCUUUCAUGGCGAUAUCUAUAGCAAUGGUGAUGUCUUCAGCCCAGACGACUGCAACCGCUGUUCAUGUGAACAUGGCAGAGUAGAGUGUAAUGUGAAUCCAUGUCCAUCACAAUCCUGUCAGCAACCACCUGCUCCUCAGACAACCUGCUGCCCUGUCUGCCAAACAAGAUGUGAACAUGAGGGUGAAAUCUAUGAGAAUGGGAAGCAGUUUGUGUCGAGAUCAAACCCUUGCCUCCAGUGCAGCUGCUCUUCAGGGAAUAUAGUCUGUAACACUGAGACGUGUCCUGAAAUUGCCUGUAAUUUGGUGGAGACUGUAGGUGGGCAGUGCUGUCCCAGGUGUCGAAGUUGUGUCCAGGAGAAUGUGCGGCACCAACACAGCUCUCAGUGGAAGCUUCCUAAUGACCCCUGCACGACCUGUACAUGCACGUUGGGUCUGGUUCAGUGUGAGAGUGAGCGCUGUAAUAUCCGCUGUAAUAGCCCAGCCUCUCCUCCUCCUGGAUCCUGCUGUCCUGUCUGUGACGGUUGCAGUUUGAAUGGAAUAGAUAUCCCGAACGGGAUGACUCUGCCGCCAGGACCCACAUGUGAUCCCACGUGUAAAUGUGAGAAUGGAAAUAUUAAAUGCGUUCAGUACCCACCCUGCCCACCGACUCCCUGUCAUAAUCCAGUCAGGAGACCAGGAGAAUGCUGUGCACGAUGUGAGGAGUGCACUCACGAGGGCGAGGCGUACACAGACGGUCAAACCUUUGUGUCCAGACAGGAUCCAUGCUUAAGAUGUCAGUGCUCGGGUGGACAAGUGUCGUGUGAAUCUGCAACAUCUUCAUGUCCGUCUGCGAGUUGCACGCACCCAACAAAACCACACGACCAGUGCUGUCCAACUUGUAACACUUGUGAAUAUGAAGGAAGGGUUUAUGAAAAUGGACAAGAUUUCAGGCCUCCCGGUGGAGGUCCAUGCAUCCAGUGUUUAUGCAAGAAUGGUAACGUGAGAUGUCAUCAGGAAAGAUGCCCACUUUUGAGCUGUGCAGUUCCCACUCCAGCCCCUCUUAACACCUGCUGUCCAGUGUGCAGCGGAUGUACAUGGAAUGGUGUUCAAUAUGAAGAAGGAGCCACAUGGACUGACGCUGGCCAAACAUGUUCUUGUGUGGGUGGACAGGUGACGUGUAGUAGGCCUAAAAGGGGCUCGGACUGUCCCAAACCGACCCCCGCACCCUUCCCAAAUCCCCCAGGUGGCGAUUGCUGUGGUGAUUCCUGUGGGCAGUGCCAGUACAAUCAGCGCUUGUAUGAAAACGGCCAAACGUUCAAGGACCCGGAUGAUGCCUGUAAGACGUGCACUUGUCAGGAUGGUCAGGCAACAUGUGGUUCGCCUGCAUGUCCCCAACCGAGGUGUGCUAAUGCAUACACUCCUCCUGGAGAGUGCUGUCCCUGGUGUCCAGGAUGUACUUGGAAUGGUGUUCAAUAUGAAGAAGGAGCCACAUGGACUGACGCUGGCCAAACAUGUUUUUGUGUGGGUGGACAGGUGACGUGUAGUAGGCCUAAAAGGGGCUCGGACUGUCCCAAAAUGACCCCCGCACCCUUCCCAAAUCCCCCAGGUGGCGAUUGCUGUGGUGAUUCCUGUGGGCAGUGCCAGUACAAUCAGCGCUUGUAUGAAAACGGCCAAACGUUCAAGGACCCGGAUGAUGCCUGUAAGACGUGCACCUGUCAGAAUGGUCAGACAAGUUGUGCUAUGCCUGCAUGUCCCCAACCGACGUGUGCUAAUGCAUACACUCCUCCUGGAGAGUGCUGUCCCCGGUGUUCAGACUGUGAAUAUGAUGAUAACCACAUCAUUACUAAUGGAGAAUCAUUUCCAAAUCCUUCGAAUCCAUGUGAGGAUUGUGUUUGCCAAGACGGACGUGUGAACUGUGGGAAUCAUGAGUGUCCGAGGCCGAAUUGUAACUAUCCCCGGCCGGGGACGUGCUGCCAAAACAACUGCAAUGGAUGUAGUUAUGCAGGUAAUGAGUAUCCAAAUGGAAUGGAAUUUCCUCAUCCAGUAGACAAAUGCAGGACGUGCCGUUGUGAAAAUGGUAACGUCCAGUGUCUGAGGAAGCAAUGUCAGGUGGCAAAUUGUGCUGGUGCGUUCGUUCCAUCAGGAGAGUGCUGCCCCCAGUGUCCAGAAGCCCCUGCUGACUGCAUUUUUGAAAGACAGCGUUACAGUCACUUGCAGCAGUUCCAUCAUCCCGUUGACAGCUGUCAGUCAUGCUUCUGCACCAAUGGGGAGGUGAGCUGCCAUCGCAGGCCCUGCCCCUCUGCUGUCUGCUCUCACCCUGUAAUUCAAGAGUGCUGUCGCACAUGUGAUGCCUGCAUGUAUGAUGGCCGGGAGUAUCAGAAUGGUCAGGAGUUUCCAGACCUCGCUGAUCGCUGCAGUCAUUGCAUGUGCAGGAAUGGUCAGGUGACCUGCAACAGGAGGCCAUGUCCAAACCCAGGAUGUAGUAACCCCAUCACCCAGCCGGGCCAGUGCUGUCCAGUGUGUGAUGCCUGCAUGCAUGAUGGCCGGGAGUAUCAGAACGGUCAGGAGUUUCCAGACCCCACUGAUCGCUGCAGUCGUUGCAUGUGCAGGAAUGGUCAGGUGACCUGCAACAGGAGGCCAUGUCCAAACCCAGGAUGUAGUAACCCCAUCACCCGGCCGGGCCAGUGCUGUCCAGUGUGUGAUGCUUGCAUGUAUGAUGGCCGGGAGUAUCAGAACGGUCAGGAGUUUCCAGACCCCGCUGAUCGCUGCAGUCAUUGCAUGUGCAGGAAUGGUCAGGUGACCUGCGACAGGAGGCCAUGUCCAAACCCAGGAUGUAGUAACCCCAUCACCCAGCCGGGCCAGUGCUGUCCAGUGUGUGAUGCUUGCAUGUAUGAUGGCCGGGAGUAUCAGAACGGUCAGGAGUUUCCAGACCCCGCUGAUCGCUGCAGUCAUUGCAUGUGCAGGAAUGGUCAGGUGACCUGCGACAGGAGGCCAUGUCCAAACCCAGGAUGUAGUAACCCCAUCACCCAGCCGGGCCAGUGCUGUCCAGUGUGUGAUGGCUGUCAGUAUGAGGGAAGGGUUUAUGCCAAUGGUGAGCCAUUCCAGUCACCCACAGCACCAUGUGAGGAGUGUAGAUGUUCUAACAGCCGUGUGUAUUGCGAGAGGAAGCGGUGUCCUCAACAGUGCGCUCAUCCGGUGAGCAUGAGGGACUGCUGUCCCGUGUGUGACGGCUGUCUGUUUGAAGGGCAGCGGUACGGAAACACGCAGACGUUCUACGCCCCCUCAGACCCCUGCAAGCGCUGCGUGUGUCAGAGCGGCUCUGUUACAUGCAGCCCGGUCAAUUGUCCCCCGGUUUCCUGCCAUAACCCCAUCAUCCCGCCGGGACAGUGCUGCCCACAGUGCAGAGCGUGUUUUCAGCAAGGUCGGGAGUAUUUAGAAGGACAGAGCUUGACCCUCCCCAAUGAGCCCUGCAUCAAAUGCACCUGUGUGAACGGUGAGGUGAACUGUGUGGGUCCAGACUGUCCUAAACUGACCUGCAUGCAUCAGGUCACUGAUCCCGGCUCCUGCUGUCCCCGCUGCAGAGGCUGUAUUUAUGAUGGCGUUGAGCACCUUGAAGGCAGUACCUGGUUUGCAUCCAGCAGUCCCUGCAUGUCCUGCAUGUGUGUGAAUGGAGUGACCACCUGCUCAGAGGUCUACUGUCUGUCCACCUGUCUAAACCAGAUCAGCGUGCCGGGCGAAUGCUGCCCAGUGUGUGCAGACUGUGUGUAUGAAGGCCGUGUGUACGGCCCUGGAGAGAGUUUCCACGCCUCUGAUGACCCCUGUCAGAUCUGCAUCUGUGAGGUGAUGCCAGACGGGGAACAGCACUUGCGCUGUUACAAGAAGCAGUGCCCAAGUCUGGUGGACUGUCCUAAACACAACAUCCUAUACAGUGGCUCUGACUCCUGCUGCCCUGUCUGUGCACAGCCCCUCAGUAACUGCACAGCUACACUGAUCGGUAAUGAAGUGUUGGCCACUCAUGAUCCGUGUUUUACCUGUCAGUGCAAGGAUUUGACGUGGACAUGUAUCCAUCGGGGCUGUCCUCCUCUCAGUUGCCCUCCGGCCGAUCAGCACACACCGCCGGAUUCCUGCUGCCCCGUCUGUGAUGAGUGUGUAUUAGACGGCAACCAAACCCGCGUGUCAAACGGCCGGAGAUGGACAGACAAGGAGAACGAGUGUGUCACCUGCAUCUGCAAUCAAGGGCAUAUCGAGUGUGAUCUGCAGGAGUGUUCUCCUCUCGAUUGUCUGAAUGGAUCGAUCAAAGUGAAGAACCCUGGGAAGUGCUGUCCUGAGUGCACAGGCAUCUUAACUGUGGUUUACUCCAAAGACGCUCUUGCGCAGUGUGUGUACGAUGGUCAGCGGUACAACCACAAUGACCACUGGGAAGUGGACGAGUGUACGUCCUGCACCUGUGUGUAUGGAGAAGUGCACUGCCAGACCCAGAGAUGCCCAACGCUCACAUGUGCCUCGGAUGAAACGCCGGCUCUGGUUCCGGGAAUGUGUUGUCCUCACUGCAUUCCUCACCCCGCCACCUGCAUUGUGUUUGGAGACCCUCACUACCGAACGUUUGAUGGAAAGAUGGUGAACUUCCAGGGGAAGUGCACAUAUGUUCUGGCUCAGGACUGUGAGGGUGGAGACUUCAGUGUUCAUGUGUCUAAUGAGGACCGGGGACGUAGGGGAGUGUCUUGGACUAAAGAAGUGUCUGUGUUUAUUGGAGAUAUUGUGGUACAGCUGUUUCAGGACUGGAUUGUCAAGGUUGAUUAUCAGCAAGUCUCUCUGCCGUUUCUUAAAGAACCGUAUGUUUACCUGGAGCGCAAGACCAACACCAUCCUCCUGAACACCAAUGUUGGGCUGAAGGUGUUGUGGAAUGGUCGUUCUCAUCUGGAAGUCAGUGUUCCUGGUACCUACAAGAAGUACAUGUGUGGUUUAUGUGGCAACUUCAAUAACUACCCUCAGGACGACACGAAACUACGCAAUGGACAAAUCACCAGCUCUGAAGCAGUGUUUGGAAACAACUGGAAGGUGGGCAGUGGAAAUCCAAGUGUUCAGUGUCCUGAUGCGAUAAACAUUCACCCAUGUAAAGAAGCAGGAUACUCGGCCCGUAAGACUGCGAAUGCUCGCUGUGCAGUGCUGAAGUCGCCCGUGUUUGAGCGCUGUCAUAAGCUGGUGCCACCCGAGAUGUUCUAUGCUUCGUGUGUGUAUGAUCUGUGUGCCUGCGGCUCCAAUAUAGACGAGUGUUUGUGUGACGUGUUGGAGGCUUACGCGUCUGAGUGCCGUGAGGCUGGAGUUAUCCUGCAGUGGAGGUCGCCGACACUCUGCGCCGUGGGCUGUCCGCUUGACCGUGGUUAUGUGUUUGAUGAAUGCGGGCCGCCGUGUCCUAAGACGUGUUUUAACAAAGAUGUGCCGCUUGGCGUGAUCGAGGCUCACUGCUUCAAACCCUGUGUGCCGGGAUGCCAGUGUCCCGCUGGCCUAGUGGAACACAACGCUCACUGCAUCGCCCCCGAGAAAUGCCCGAAAAUUAUCCACGGCAAUCUCUGAGACCCACAAACUCGACCAAACAUCACGUGGAGUCAAACCAGCUAAAACUGAGAUCUGAUGAACCACAACAAGCUCUUUAAGUCAACACGAAAUCAGAAUUUGCUUUAUUUCUUUUUAAUUCAUA